UUUUCUGUGUAUCUUUCAGUUUAUAGUGACUUGACUAUCAUUCGUCUCAUUUAGAGUUUAGGCCGAAAGAUAUGGCAGGGAAGGUCGGAACCAAGGUGGAGAGUCAUCUGGGCUGUGGUUUUGUGGGGAGGCUAUCCCUUCUCAGAAGCUAUCUGCUGAGAAAAUCAUCCGUCCAUUCACUAUCCUUGAAAUCUGCCGACAAUGUGCAGAGCAAGGAGAGCAAAAAGGAUUCCAAGAAGCCUCCAAAUCAUGAAUCCAAGGGCGCGCUAAAUCUCCCUACCGACUCCCACAAGCCAGAUUCGGAUAAGAAGACACCCAGAAAGAGCACCUCCGGUCAUCAGAAGAGUCAAAACCGGCGACCUUCAGAUGCUGCUAGAAGCUCAACAGCAUCCUCUGGUAAUUCAACCAAUACAAAAAAUGACGAGAGCAAAUUACCGAGAGAUCCCGUCGGAAAUUCUCUCGAGCUUGCUAGGAUUAGCACUAGUCACUCGCGCGACAACGAGAAUAAAUCCACGGUUAACUUGAAACUUACAGGGAAUUUGCUUGCAAAUAACAGCCCCAGAACUAGUGUUAUAAAGAAAGGGGAAUCCGUUUCCAAGAGUAAAGAGUUGAAUUCUGUGACUAAUUCUCACACUAACGCCGGAAUGGGCAACAUCAUGAGGAAGAAUAGCGAUGAACUUGCGCAACUGCGGAAACAGAGGAUCCGAGUAGAUCCUGAGGUGUUGAAGACCGAGGGAAAUGAAGCCUACAAACAGGGGAAAUUCGAAGAAGCUUUGAGUCUGUAUGACCGAGCCAUUCAUCUCGAUUCAAAUAAGGCAACUUAUCACUGCAAUAAGAGCGCAGCUCUAAUGGGCUUAGGCCGCCUUCCAGAAGCAUUGGUCGAAUGCGAGGAAGCUAUUCGCCUGGAACCUUCUUAUGUAAGAGCUCACCACCGUUUGGCAGCGAUACAUCUCAGACUGGGAGAAGCAGAAAAGGCGAUCCACUGCAAUAAUUCAACUCCAUAUGCGGAUGCCGUACUCGCAAUCCAAGCUCAGGCUCUUCAAAAUCACCUGAAAAAGUGCCUUGAAGCUCGGAAAGUGAAUGAGUGGAAGACUAUACUAAAGGAAACACAACCUGCAAUAUCAUUAUGUGCUAAUUCAGCUCCGCAGGUCUAUGCUCUACGAACAGAAGCCUUGCUGAAGCUCCUGAAGCAUGAAGAGGCUUCUUCUACCUACGAAAAAAUGCCCAAAUUUGAACUUGAGUGGUGUAUUAAGACUUUUGGCUUGCCGCUUACUGCAUACUUGUCGGCAGUAGGCGCUCAAGUUCACUUGGCAGCCGGCAGGUUCGACAAUGCUGUGACGGCUGCUCAGCAAGCAGCUGAACUUGAUCCAACCAACAAAGAGAUGAAUGCAGUGGUAAGAAGGACGAGGGCAGUGAGGUCAGCGAGAAUGAGUGGAAAUUUACUGUUCAAGGCUUCGAAGUUUAUGGAAGCAUGUGGGGUUUACAAUGAAGGGCUAGAACAUGAUCCAUUCAACUCAGUGCUGCUAUGCAACAGAGCAGCAUGCCGUUCUAAGCUCGGUCAAUUCGAGAAAGCAAUCGAAGAUUGUAACGCAGCCCUUGCAAUUCAGCCUUAUUACAGCAAGGCAAGGCUACGGAGGGCAGAUUGCAAUGCUAAGUUGGAAAGAUGGGGAGCUGCCAUUCAAGACUACGAAAUGCUGAUGAGAGAAAAGCCAGGGGAUGAGGAGGUGGCAAGGGCUUUGUUUGAGGCCCAACUUCAACUCAAGAUGCUGCGAGGAGAAGAUAUUAAAGACUUGAAAUUCGGUUCCAAUUUGGUUUUCAUCUCAAGCAAUGAUCGCUUUAGACAUUAUGUGACGUUGCCUGGUAUGUCCGUGGUUCUGUUUUGCAACAAGGCAACCCACAGGCAAGUUUUGCUGGUAUUGGAGCAAACAUGCAAGAGAUUUCCAUCUGUUAAUUUCCUCAAGGUGGAGAUUGAGGACCAUCCCUACUUGGCAAAAUCAGAAGGCGUGAGCUCUGUCCCGGCCUUCCGAAUAUACAAGAAUGGAUCAAGGGUCAAGGAGAUUCCAGGCAACAAACACGAGUUGUUAGAAAGAUCGGUUAAACUGUAUACUAGCUGAGUAUAAAUUUCAGUCCUCGGGUAAGAACUUAUAUGCUGCGCUUGAGGAAGAAGGUUUGACUUUGGAAAACGAAAGGGAGCGCGAUGACGUCCAGCAAUGGGAAAAUAAGUUAUGACUAAUUGUAUCUACUUCAUAUAUUUGCCGACACUGCUCACAAGGCGGAGGAAACCCUGAAGAAGCAGAGCGUCAAUGUAGCCAUAGGACACGUGAAAAAGGAUUUCAUUGUGUGAUUAGUUGAUUCUUUGAAUCCUUUAGGAGUUUUGUGCAACCCUUUGUUCUUCAUAUCCUGUAUUUCACAGUGGUUUGGCAUCCCUAAAUAUCUACGAAUGUUGGGUCAACGUAAAAGGGAAGAAGACAGAUUGUUUCAGCUGCCGGAAUAGGUUUGUUGAUUGGUUUCUUGAUAUCUCAAAGGUAUCACUUGCUGUUCAAAGCCAUCACUGCAAUUAUGUAAAGCUGCAACAGCUAGGACCAAUACUUCAUUUGUUUCAAAAAGAAAGUGAAGUCAGUAAUAUAGAUAAAUAUUUGUAUCUGUAGUAAUCAAAUAGGAAAGAUUAAAGAAAUAUGAACGUGUGUUUUCAGUUUUCA